AUGUCGACCGCUCUGUUGAUAAAAACUCUGGACGACAUGAGUCUGGAUCCGGGCUACGUGACCUCCGACCCGAGUCCAUCCUUCAGCGGGUCUCCUCACAGUAGCUCUCCUCAGCGCGGGUCCUGGUGGCAGCACACCGGCAGCUGGGACACGGUCCACUCUCUGGAUGACUCCAAGCAUCCGAGCCUGCCGGAGCUGGAGGACUAUCCCUGGACUGAGGACGAUCUGCGGGGAGUCUUGGGCAAAGUUUCCCACUCGUUCACCGCGGACGCGAUCCAGCGCCUCUCCUUGCUGCUGAGGCGAGCUCUGGUGCGACUCUCCAGAGAGGCGCAGCGGCUGAGCGAGCUGCACCAGCGAUGCACGCGCCUCGAGGUGCAGACCGCCGCGAGGCUCGUGCUCAGCUGGACUCUAGCGGAGAGGUGCGUGUCCUCCGCGGUCAGAGCCGAGUCCCUCCAUUGCAUGAGCUCCGGAGACAUCGCUCAGCAGCGGGGCAAGUCCGCGCGCUGCGGCCUGGCCCUCUCCGUGGGGCGCUUCUUCAGGUGGAUGGUGGAGACCCGCGUGUCCGUGCGCGUCCACGACCAGGCCGCGUUGUGUUUGACAGCGUGCAUGGAAACUUUGGCGGAGGAGGUGGCGGGCCGAGCGCUGCUGGCAGCCGGCCGACAGGAGGUCGCAGGCGGCGAUGGAGUCCGCGAGGGCCUGGUGACUGUAGAGCUGCUGCAGGGAGCCGUCAACAGCGACCCGGAGCUGCGGGGGGUCCUGCAGGGCUGCCAGCACCUGGUCUACGGCAGGAAUGUCCAUGGUGAAGUGUCACUGACGUCCCACGACAGAGCGAAGACAGCGAGCCUGGAAGACUCGUACGUCCAACUGGAGCUGCAGUCGCUGGAGCAGGCGCUGCUUGCCUCUGGUGUGGGAAGCAUCGCUGAGCUCAGUGACCUGGUCUCUCGAGCGAUGCACCACAUGCACCAUUUGCGUGGCUCCUCCCUCACCUGCUCCCGCUCAACCAGUCAGCUUUCUCUGUCCUGGGCACCAGAUGCUCUCCGCUGUCUCUACUACUUCCUGUCCAGUGCUCGGGCGGAGCCUGUUGACAGGAUGGACCUUGAGUGUCCAACUGUGAUCCUGCGAUUGGACAGGCAUUCGUUGGUUCUACCACCUAUUAUGGAGUGGAUCCGAGUUGCCGUGGUGACCGCAGAGCAUCGCUGCAGCUUGUUGGUCGACAGUGAUGAUGUCAGACAGGCGGCCAGACUGCUGCUGCCGGGACUGGACUGUGAGCCGCGUCAGCUCAGGUCAGAGAGCUGCUUCCAGUCCAUCAAGUGUUUGAAUGCCGCAGCUGCCGCAGCAAAGUUUCAGCUAGUUUUGGGGUUCAAGAUGCUGUCCAGUGGCCGAGCUGACCUGGUUCCUCAGGCGUUGCAGCUCCUGGGAGAGCAGGGAGUGGACACAGUGGACGACCAGGGAAUGAGUCCUCUCAUGUACGCUGCAGCUGCAGGAGAUGAAGCCCUGGUGCAGAUGAUCAUUGAAGCCGGAGCAAACCUGGACUUACAGGUUCCAAGUUGUUCGUCGAAACACCCGUCAGUACAUCCCGGCACCCGCCACUGGGUAGCGCUGACGUUUGCAGUACUGCAGAGUCAUCUGUCCGUCACACAGUUGCUGCUCGAUGCCGGGGCAGACGUAGAGGGCGGGGCUCUGCUGGAUGGACGGGAAAGUUCAGCUGAAACGCCGCUUCAACUUGCCUCUGCUGCAGGUCAUUAUGAGAUGGUCAGUUUGCUACUAAGUCACGGCGCUGACCCGCUGCUCCGGGUGCAUCAUGGGAGUUCUCUGAGCUCUCCGCUGUAUGAAGACAUGAACUGCUUCAGCUACGCUGCGGCACAUGGACACAGAAACGUCCUGCGUCGUCUGCUGCUGCAGCACAGGAAGGACGACAUUUUGUCUUUGGAGGAGAUCCUGGCUGAAGGUGUGGAGGAGGAGAGCACACAGCCGUCACUGAGACCUGCACCUCGGCUAUGUAAGGCCCGGAUGAAAGCCCUGCAACAGGCUGCCUACUACAGCGCUGAGCAUGGUUACCUGGAUGUGACCAUGGAACUCCGAGAGAUGGGUGUUCCCUGGAGACUCCACAUCUGGCUUGAGUCACUCUCUAGAGCGCGACAGCUCAGCAGAGACGACGUCAUAGCCUCAAUACUCGCUGAAUUUUCCUCCAUUCGGGCAGAAGACUACAGCCAGGAGCUUGUCUCCAGAGGCAUACCCCUCAUGUUCAACAUGCUACAGACAAGCAGGGACUAUGGGAUCACAAAGCAGCUUGCAUCAUGCAUCUCACAUUGCUACGGAUGUUCCGAUGUUCCUGCCAUCCUGCCGCUGGACGUCACUCUUUCCACGCAACUCGAUGUACACUUUCUAAAUAACCAGGAAAUGUCUGAUGUGACGUUCAUGGUGGACGGGAGGCCGUUUUUUGCUCAUCGUGUGCUCCUGAUGUCUGCGUCUGAACGAUUUCGACAGAUGCUCAACGACACUUCCGACAGCACCAUCUGCGUCAGUCACAUGACCUACAGUGCCUUUCAGCUGAUGAUGAAGUCGCUGUACUGCGGUGGCACAGAGGGUCUGACGCUGACACUCACUGAAGCCAUAAAGCUCCUGCCAGCAGCAAAAUACUUCCAGCUUCAAAGUCUUCAGAGAAUCUGUGAGAUGAAACUUUCCCAAAGUUUGACUCUGGACAACGUUGUGGACAUUUACCAGAAUGCCAGGCGUUACCAGUCAUCAGAACUGCGUCGCUACUGUGAGGGAUUCUUCCUGCAGAACUUGGAUCAGCUGCUGGAUCAGGAGGACUUCCACCGCCUCCUGUUGUGCUCCGAGAACUGGCCUGGACAGGACCAACAACUGGAGCACCCAGAGCUCCUCAGGGAGCUGGAGGUGGUUCUGGUCCACAGACUUUGUUCCCUUCACUCCGCGUGCCGAGAGUAGAACA